AUGUUCACCUCUGUCUAUAUGUUUCCAGGGCAGCAGGGGUAUCUCAUCAAGCCUCCCUUCAAUGUCGUCAUCACGGGAGGCACCAAGGGCGUGGGCAAGGCGCUGGCAUCCGAGUUCCUGGCGGCCGGCGACAGCGUGGCCCUGUGUGCGCGAUCGGAGCUGGGGCGAGUGGACAUGUGGAUCAACAAUGCUGGGACCAACGCCUACCGCUUUGGUGCGCUGGAAGACCAACCGCCUGAGGACCUGGAGGCCAUCCUGACGACAAAUGUGCUGGGGGCCAUGCUUGGCUGCAGAGCGCCAGAACUCGUCACCGUUUCCGAGUCCAACAUCAUACUCCCCACAGGGGCGGAUGGGGGCGCCACCCCUCGCUUUGCAGCCUAUGGCGCCUCGAAGCGUGCCCUGAGCCAGCUGGGCAAGAGCCUGAAUGCGGAGCUGCGAGGGUCCCCUCGCCGGGGACGAAUCACGGUGCACACAAUGAGCCCCGGUAUGGUCACCACCGAGCUGCUCAUGGCGGGGGCUGACACCCGCGUCGCGCGCUUCUUCAUAAACGUCCUGGCUGAGACGCCAGAGACGGUGGCGGCCAACCUGGUGCCUCGCCUGCGCCAGGUGGUGGAGGGGUCCAGGGGAGUCCUUGGAUCUAGGCCCCAAUACAUCCGGUAUCUGACCAAGCCCAAGGCGUAUGGUCAGAUUCUGAUGCGACUCCUGGCCAAGCAAAGGAAGAACAAGUUUGUGGAGGAGGAGUGA